CGUCGUCAGUCCGCAGCGAGAAGCCGGUGCCGCGCGGCUUCACUGGAGACGCGCGCCGGAGCUGCUUUUGGGAGGCUGGGGAUAGGAGGACCCGCUAGGUAAUGGGCGGUCGUGGCGCCGCGUCGGCGGCGACGGCGGUGGCGGCUCUGCUGCUCGCCGCUUUACUCACCGGAUGUCAAGCCGAGAUCCUGACGCCGCCGUCCUUCAACUUGGCCGAGGGCAAGGAGAUCGUAGCGUCGGCCACGUGUGGCGUUGAGUCCGCCGGCCCGGAGCUCUACUGUCAGCUCGUCGGGGCCAACUCCGAUCAGGAGGCCAACAUCAAUCAGAACAUCAUACAGGGACAGCAAUGCGACUACUGCGAUCCCAAUGAUUCCGAAAAACGACAUCCCCCUGAAUAUGCCGUCGAUGGAAUGGAAACGUGGUGGCAGUCGCCACCGUUAUCGAGGGGCAAAAAAUACGAGGAGGUUAAUCUCACGAUCAAUCUUGGACAGGAAUUUCACGUUGCGUACGUGUACGUACGUAUGGGCAAUUCGCCGCGGCCUGGACUUUGGAUCCUGGAGAAAUCCAAGGAUUACGGAAAGAGUUGGUCACCCUGGCAGUAUUUCUCGGACUCGGAGUCCGAUUGUAUGACGUAUUUUGGCAUCGACAGCCACACGCCCAUCACUCGCGAUGACUCCGUCAUCUGUACAACCGAGUACUCCAAGCUCGUGCCCCUCGAGGGAGGUGAGAUACCAAUUUCUAUACUCAACAGUCGUCCAUCCGCCAAACACUACUUCAACUCGACGGUGCUCCAGGAGUGGACCCGAGCCACCAAUGUCAGAUUCCGCUUCCUCAAGACGAAGAAUCUGCUGGGUCACUUGAUGUCCGUCAGACGGCAGGAUCCCACCGUAACGAGACGCUACUUUUAUUCGAUCAAGGACAUCAGCAUUGGCGGUCGUUGCAUGUGCAAUGGUCAUGCCGACACUUGUGAUUCCUUGGAUCCGAAUCUUCCCAAUAAGUUCUUCUGUCGUUGUCAACAUAACACUUGUGGGCCGCAGUGCGCGACCUGUUGCAAGGGUUUCGAGCAAAAGAAAUGGCGGCAAUCCACUUACUCGAAAAAAUUCGUCUGCGAAGAGUGCAAUUGCUUUGAUCACUCGACCGAGUGCAUUUACGACACGGAAAUCGACGAGAAGCACUUGUCACUCGACAUACAUGGCAAUUACGAGGGCGGUGGAGUUUGCCAGAACUGCAGGCACAACACCGAGGGUAUUAAUUGCAAUCGAUGCAAACCAAAGUUUUAUCGACCGACGAAUAAGCCACUCAACGCUACCGACGUCUGUCAGCCCUGCAACUGCGACUAUUUCUACUCGACCGGGAACUGCUUCGACUCGACUGGCCAAUGCGAGUGCCGACCCGAGUACACGGCACCCAACUGCGACUCCUGCAGCUAUGGCUACUUCGGCUUUCCCGACUGCCGGCCCUGCGAGUGCCAUCUCAACGGAACCUACGGCUACCAUUGCGAGGCCACCGAGGGUCAGUGCCCCUGCAAGGAGAACUACGCCGGGCACUAUUGUAAUUUCUGUGCCGAGGAGUACUACGACUUCCCCAAUUGCCUAGCCUGCGACUGCAACGCCAUUGGCUCGCUCAAUAACGUUUGCGACGUCGUAUCCGGAAACUGCACGUGUAAAAACAACUACGGCGGAAGGAGUUGCGACAUCUGCGAGAACGGCUACUACAACUAUCCAUCUUGCACGUACUGCGAGUGCGACACUCGCGGUACGGAACCGGGCGUCUGCGACAAGGACAACGGACGCUGCCUUUGCAAGGAAGGCUACGGGGGCCCGCGCUGCGACCAGUGUAUACCCGGCUACUACGGCUACCCCAACUGCGAGCCCUGCAACUGCAGCAGGAACGGCACGUCAUCGGUAACCUGCGACGCCGCGGGCAAGUGCUCCUGCCUUUCGAACUUCGUGGGCAAGACGUGCAAUCAGUGCGCACCCGGUUAUUACAAUUAUCCCGAGUGCACCGGCUGCAAUUGCGACAGCCACGGCUCCAUCGGAGUAUCCUGCGACCACGAGGGCAAGUGUCAAUGUCGCGAGAACUUCGACGGCGACCGCUGCGAGAAGUGCAAGGCCAACUUUUAUAACUUCCCCAACUGCGAGGGCUGCAACUGCGACCCCGCGGGUAUCGCCGGCACGUUCCAGGGUUGUGGCAGUCUACCAACCGGGGAGCUCUGCCAGUGCAAGGAGCGAGUCGAAGGCCGAAUAUGUAAUCAGUGCAAAAAGCUCUUCUGGAAUCUGCAGCCCAAUAAUCCCGACGGAUGCGAAGAUUGCCACUGUAAUAUUCCUGGUGUCAUCGGCAGUAUCGGCGAAUGCGAUGGAAAAACUGGACAGUGUAUUUGUAAGCCGACCGUAACGGACAGAGAUUGUUCGGAAUGCAUUGACGGGACGUACGAUCUUCAAGAAUCCAACCUGUUUGGUUGCUCCGAAUGCUCGUGCGACAUUGGCGGUUCCCUGAGCACAAAGUGUAACAAGGAGACCGGACAAUGUCACUGCCGCAACCGCAUCGAAGGUCAGACCUGCAACGAGCCUAUGCGUACUCAAUACUUCCCCACGCUCCACCAAUACCAAUACGAGGCCGAGGACGGUCGAACACCUAGCAACCGCUCGGUACGCUACGGUUUCGCCGAGGAUCUUUUCCCGGGCUACAGUUGGAAGGGCUACGCUGUGUUUUCGCCACUUCAAAACAAGAUCAUCCACGAGAUCGAGAUACAGAAAUCGUCCCUUUACCGCAUCGUUUUGCGCUACGUUAAUCCGAACAACGAGCCGAUACUCGGCUCCGUCACCAUUACCCCGGACAGUCAUACCGAGGUCGAGCAGCACUUCAAGGUGCAGUUCAAGUCCAAAACGAACGAUCCAUCCUUCGUUACGGUCGCUGGCGCUCAGGGUAAUCUACCGUCAGUGAUGGUCAUGAAUCCCGGCCACUGGAUCGUGACGAUCGCCAUCGAGAAGAGCCUUUUCCUCGAUUAUUUCGUACUUCUUCCCUCGGAAUACUACGAGGCGAGCAUCCUCACCCAAGAGGUUAGCACGCCUUGCGUCAUCGGCUACAAAGGAUUGUGCCGGCACUACGCUUAUCCGAAUCUUACACCUUUCGACUCGGUCCUGGCUACCAGUGGCUAUACCACCGGCAACGAUGUUAAGGAUCCGCUUGUCGAGCACCUCACCGACCAGGCGAUGCUCGACGAAAUAGGCGAGAGCCAGCUGCCACUCAUUAACGACAAGCAGCGGAAAAUCCACUUGGAGAUGACGAUUUCAAUACCGGGAGCCUACGUCCUCGUCAUUACGUACGUCACGUCGUCGACGGAGCAAAGACGCACCGCGACGAUUUUCGUCGAGGCCAAUGUAAUGGAUAAAGGCAAAGCAACUCUACAUCCUUGCAAGUACACGAGCAUUUGUCGCCAAGUGGUGACGGAAACGAAUGGCAAAGUCGCCGUUUUCACUUUCCCAAGCAACUAUGCGACCAUAAUACUCGACGGCGAGGCCAACAUCGACGUUGCCAUUAAGUCGGUCGUCGCGAUCCCGGCGGAUGAUUGGUCCGUCGAUUAUCUCAAUCCAAAGUCGGUUUGCGUUCGCAAAGACGGCAAGUGCAUCCAGGGCAUGUUCCCCGAGGCUCCGGACGCCAAGAAGAUCGAGCUCGAGCAGAAUAAUCAAAUCCUAAGCACAGUCGUGACACCGGUGGGCGUCUACGACAACAGUUCCAAAUUCAUUUACUUGAACAGCAUGAUCGAUGUACCGGCCAAAGUACCACAUCCCGGCGAUUAUAUAUUAGUCGUGCAGUAUUAUCAACCCGAUUAUCCAGAAUUCAAUCUCGACGUUCUCGUGCAAAAUGGAAAGUUCUACGAGGCUAAAGUGCCAAUGGCCCACUGUCCAAGUAACAGCUGCUGCCGAAAUGUCGUUCGUCAGCUUGACGGAAACGCGCGAUUCCAGCUGACGGAGAACUUCGUUAUAACGCUAAAGGAAAACAGUGGCCGAGGUAUUUGGCUGGACUACAUUCUCGUGAUCCCAGUCGACCUCUACAGCGACAACUAUCUGAAGAAGCUGCAGUUCGAUCAAACCAAAGAGUUCAUCAAGAAAUGCGGCAACAAUCACUUCCACAUCAACAGGACGGAGGAGGGCUUCUGCCGCGACUCCGUCUUCUCCCUCACGGCGAAUUACAAUAACGGGGCGCUGCCCUGUAGCUGCGACAUCGACGGCACUACGAGCUUCGAGUGCGAGAAAUUUGGCGGCCAGUGUCCCUGCAAGGCCAACAUCAUCGGCCGACGAUGCAACAUCUGCAAAACCGGCUUCUACGGUUUCCCCAAUUGCCGGGCCUGCAAUUGUCCAAGUACCGCGAUCUGCGAGCCCGAGAGCGGCGCCUGCAUCUGCCCGUCCCACGUAACUGGCGAGCGCUGCGACCAAUGCGAGCCCGGCACCUACGGCUACGACCCAAUCAUCGGUUGCGAGGAGUGCCAGUGCUCGCCCCACGGCGUCCUCGACGGUGACCUACAGUGCAACCUGCUCACCGGCAACUGCAUGUGCAAGAACAACGUCGUCGGCAGACAGUGCGGCAACUGCCGAGCCGGCCACUACCAGUUCCCCUACUGCGAGAAGUGCGACUGCGACACCCGCGGCACCACCGACGACAUCUGCGACCAGGAGACGGCCGACUGCCACUGCAAGCCCAACGUCCAGGGCUCGGCCUGCGACCACUGCAAGGAGGGCAUGUUCAACCUCCAGCCCAGCAACGACAAGGGCUGUAGCGAGUGCUUCUGCUUCGGCAAGACCACGCGAUGCGCGUCCGCCAAUCUCUACAGGACCUUCAUCACGGACAUGAGCAACUGGGACCUGGCGCACGUUAACGAGAAGAACGAGACCGUGGAGAUACUGAGGCUCAAGCCCCAGGAGGUCAAUGAGAACGUAGUCGUCGAGGUCACGGCUGACAUCGACCAAAGCAACAUCGUUUACUUCUCCGCACCCCCUGGCUACCUUAACAAGAAGCUCACCUCAUACGGCGGUUGGCUCAAUUACACCGUCUCUUAUACUAUCGACUCGUUCGGCCACGCGGUCCCCGGCGCCGAUGUCAUUCUUCAGGGCGCGGACAGCUUCCUCGUGUACAGGGCGGAGGAGCAGCCGCCGUCCGACGUCAAUUACCGAGCGUCCGUCCAGCUGGUCGAGUCGAACUUCGAGACGAAGCAGAAUCUUCGAGCGACGCGUGAGCAGAUGAUGGUCGUAUUGGGCGAUCUUCGCGGCAUUUACAUACGCGCCACCUAUUGGCAGCCCUCCACGCUCUUCGCUCUCUUUCACGUGUCGCUCGACGUAGCGACGGAAGCUUACCUCUAUAAUGCCGAAUUGGCAAGUAGCGUCGAGCAGUGCCACUGUCCGCCCAACUACAAGGGAUUAUCGUGCGAGGAGUGCGCCAAGGGUCAUUAUAGAGUGCCCGGUCCCUACGGCGGAUACUGCGUCAAGUGCCAAUGUAACGGGCACGCGGACACCUGCGACGUCAAUAGCGGCGUCUGUCACGAUUGCAAAAACGGCACGACCGGCGAUCACUGCGAGCUCUGCGAAGAGGGCUAUUACGGGAACGCGACCCUCGGCACACCCUCGGACUGCCUCAUCUGCGCGUGCCCCCUACCAAUACCAUCCAACAACUUCGCCCGUGGCUGCGACGUGAGCGACGAUGGCAGCAGGAUAAGCUGCAAGUGCCUGUCGGGCUACUACGGGGCGCGUUGCGAGUCCUGCGCCGCGGGCUAUUACGGCAAGCCCGACGUGAUCGGUGACUUUUGCAAGCCCUGCGAGUGCUCCGGCAACAUAAACACCAACGAGAUCGGCUCCUGCGACUCGGUGAGCGGCGAGUGUCUCAGGUGUCUCAACAACACCUACGGCGCCGCCUGCAACCUCUGCGCGCCCGGCUUCUUCGGCGACGCUAUCGAGAAGAAGGACUGCAAGAGCUGUUUCUGCGACCAGUGUGGUAUGAAGCGCUGCGACAGCUACAACGGCGUGUGCCAGUGCCACGAGAACGUCAUCGGCGACAAGUGCGACCGGUGCGCAGACGAUCAUUACGGAUUCUCGUCAUGCCGGGGCUGCCAGCCUUGCAAUUGCGGAGUGGCUUCGGAGAGCAGCCAGUGCGCCGACGAGGAUGGAAACUGCCGAUGUAAGCCCGGCGUGGAGGGGAGAACCUGCGAUCAGUGCAUGUCUGGCUUUUGGAAUUACGGGCCGAACGGUUGCACCUCUUGCGAGUGCACGACCGGCUACUCCCGCGGGGCCUCCUGCAAUCCCAUUACCGGCCAGUGCGAGUGCUUACCGGGCGUACUCGGGGAGAAAUGCGAUCACUGCCCCCAUCGGACCGUCCUCGACGAGAGACGAGGCUGCCAGCACUGCGACAAGUGCACCCACGAUCUCCUCGACGUCACCGAUGAAUUGGAGCAGCUGCUCGAUCCCGUCUCAAACUCCUUCAAGAACGUCGCCGACAGCUACUUUACGAAUCAGCGCCUCGACUUUAUCAACGACACUAUCGUGAAAUUGGCCCCCGAGGUGAAGCUCCUCGAUCCACGGCGCAUCGACUUCGAACCUCUUCAUCAAGAUAUUGCGCGACUGAACAACAAGGCAUACGGCCUCAAGCGCCGGGUUGAGUUCCAGGAGGAGGACGGCAGCAGCUGGAAAUCACGCGCGGAGAAGAAUCUCCUCGACGUGAACAAUCUCGAGCUGGACGUGUCGAGGGAGAUUAAUCUUGUUAAUGCGAUUAUAAAUGAGGUGCAGGCGCUCGCCUCGAACAUGGAGCUCGGCAGCGGUCCCAAAAUCGAUAAUGCCCUGAGGCAGGCGCAAGAGAUACUCGGGAAGAUAAAGCAGGUAUCGUUCACCAAUGAUCGGGACAAAGCCACCGACCAAUCCAAUCAAGCCAACAUUCUCGUCUCGGAAAUGAUAAGUUACGAGGAGCCGGUGAAGAGCCUCGUCCAGGAUACGGACGACGUGAGCGAGAAGCUGCGCAUCCUAAGCGACCAGAUCGACGACAUGUACAAUUUGACGCUCGAGGCCGAGGAUCACGCCAACAAUGCCGAGCGGCUCACCCUCGAGAACAAGAAGCUCGUCGACGCGAGCAUCGUCAACGUGAUCAAGAACGCGACCGACCGUACGAACGAGAACCUCGAGAACGCCGACGAGCUCAACAAGAUAUCGCACGGCUUGUACGACGAGGCGGACUAUAACUUCGGCCAUAUGAAAAACAAUGUGAUUCCCGGAGCGACGACCCAAGCAAACCAGAAAUUGAGCGACACGAUUGAUUCGGUCGAGGAAAUGCUGUUGGACGUGAGGGACUUAGUGCCAAAAGCUAAUAUUUACGCGCAAAGCCUCGAUCAAAAAUCAAUAGAGCUCGAAUCUCUUUUAACGAAUACUCGAAAUUUGACGGGAGUACGAGCGGCAUCCGUUUACCAGAACAUCGCCAACAACAUUAACGAGGCUAGGCUGUUUGCUCAAGAGGCAUCCAAGUCCGCCGAUAAUGCGACCAACCUGGUCAUCGGCCUCGGAGACAAGAGUAUGACAAUGCAAGAGAACAGCGAAGAUUUGCUGAUUGGUGCCGUGAACGCGGUUAACAAAACGAAAAAUGACUUAACGCCAGUAGUGAAAAAUGCUCGCAAUUACGAUAUGCCCAGCAUAUCAUUGCAAAAUGACAAAAACAACGUUACGCUCGAGCUCAUUGUAAAAUCGCUGGGCUCGAUAUUUCCACAGGUGUCGUCGACGACUUUCGAGGAAGCUUUGAAUAACGCCGAUUAUGCCGAUUUUGCGAUUGGCGAAGCCAUCAGUAACAACAUCAACGGGAAAUUCGAUCUGAUCCCCGAUGAUCUGAAGAAGACCAAGCAGCUGUCCAAGGACACAUCGGAUUCGAUUCGCGACAUGUCGCAGGCGAAUCAUCAGUUGGACUCGAUGAAUACGAUGCUCCCCGACAUCACCAAUAGAUUGAAAGUUUUGAGCAACAAGCAGCAGUCGAUAAACGGUAGCGGCAAUAGCCUGUACGACAAGAUCGAGUCGCUCAAGCGUAAGAUAAGCAACGCGAGGGAUUUGGCGAAUCGAAUUAGAAUCGGCUUGACCUUCUUCCCAAAUACAACGUUAGAGCUGAAGAAUCCGGAGAGUCUGCCACUUCAGAUUACCUCUACGAAAAUCUCAGUAUACUUCCGCACAGCCAAACCUAACGGUUUCCUCAUGUAUCUCGGCAAUGAAAAUAGAACGAAUAUCCUUGGCGUUAAGACGCACGAUUUUAUGGCUCUUUCUAUCGAAGGGGGCUAUCCAGUGUUGACUCUCGACCUGGGUUCGGGUCCUCAGAGGAUUAUUGGCAAUCGAUACGUUUCCGACAAUAAAUGGCGUCAAUUAAUCGUGGACAGAACUGGCAGGAAUAUAAAGCUUAUAAUUCGCGAAAGUGUGGACGAUGGUCAAGAUAUGAACUUUGUGACCGAGCAAUCGUUGCCUGGCUCGCAUUCCAUAUUCAACCUCGACCAGGAAAAAUCAAAGCUCUUCGUUGGGGGCUUUCCCACAUCCUUCCAAGUACAAGAUGCGGUAGUCUCCUCAUCAUUUGAUGGCGAAAUGGAAGAGCUCAUGAUAGGCGACGUACCCGUGUCAUUCUGGAACUUCAUCGAUGGGGAAAAUAAUUGGGAGCCGGCUUUGGAGCGCGACACGCUCGUUAAUCUCCAGCCAAAUACGGGUUAUCGCUUCGACCGCGAGGGUUAUGCAAUACUGAGUAAAAAGAACUUCCAGUUACCCUCGGAUAUCAAGAAAUUCCGCAUCGAGUUCAAGUUCAAGACUUGGGUGAAUAACGGAUUAAUGUACCUGAUGGGCGAAAAGAAGCACUUCCUAUCGCUGGAGUUGAAGGAUGGCUACAUACUGUACCAAUUUGAUUUGGGCGAUGGGCAGAUAGCCAUCACGACGUCAGAAAGAUACAACGAUGGCAAUUGGCAUACGGUGGAAGCCCUACGGCUCGAAAGAAUCGGUGCAUUGAAGGUCGACGGUAAGCAAAUGGGUCAAAGCGAGAGCCAAGGUCAAGGGAAGAAUCUAAUAUCGUCGGAUUAUGUAUACUUUGGUGGAUUUCCGACGUCAAUACAGCAUUCCUAUAAAGCAGUUACGCAAAUCGGUUUCGAAGGAUGCAUCGACGAAGUUGUCUUUUUAGAAACCUCCAUAGAUCUCACGAAAAAUGUUCAAGCGUUUGGUGUGAUGAAUGGCUGCCCGGUUAAAUUUGCCAGCCUCGUAUCGUUCGACGGCGUACAUCCGGGUUACGUGAAGUGGGAUAGAGUGCAGGUGCCCCACUCGCUCCAGAUAAACCUCAAGUUCAAAACACAGUCGGAGAGCGGCUUGAUCUAUCAUCUGGUGAACGCAGACGGCAGCCCCGCGAGUUCGCUGUCCCUCGUGAGCGGACGCCUCGUGUUGGAAAGCCAGGGCGAGCACCUCGAGACCAACAGUCCGGACAUAAGAUUCAACGACAACGAGUGGCACGUAAUUACGGCCACGCACAACGGGACCGUCCUGAGGCUCGACAUCGAUGACUCCGAGGACGAGAGUACGAAUGGCGCGCCUUACCCGCGGGAGAUAAACGACGGGGCGCUUUACGUCGGCAACGUCCCCGAUCAUCUCAAAGGCGAGCUGAAGAUCGAGCCGUUCGUGGGAUGUAUCGGCGACACGACCCUCAACGGCGUCAUCGUCAACUUCGCCAAUUCGACCGAGCGGCCCUACGCACACCUAUCCCAGUGUAACAGGCCCGAUCAAAUGAUAUCCUCGUAUAACGAUCCAUCGAUAUCGGCCCAUCCGUCACCGCCGCCCUCCUCGUGGCAGGAGCUGACGACGAACGUCGCUGACGUCGGGCUUGGCGGCGAAGAUGCUCAGGCGCCGGGCUCGAUCGAGGGCCGCAUCCCCGGUAGCGACGAAGAUGACUCGACAAUGGCCGCCCCGGUCACCGUUAUGCAAACGACCUCGCCAAUAACGGCGUGGCCCACGUCGACGAGGGAGCCGGAGACCGUCGACGGAUGCCGGCUACCUUAUUAUCCCGCCACCGAUCCCGAUCAGUUCGUUGAGAACGCUUGGCGAUUCGGCACGCAAGAGAACAGCAGAUUCGAAUAUAAUACACUCAACGGCCGAUACAAGGACGAUUACGACUUCCAAAUUGACAUAAAGACUUUUGCGAACGAGGGAGUCGUGUUCUACAGCUCCGACUUGAACAGACGCGAUUUAAUCGCUUUGUAUAUUAAGAAUGGCCUAGUGUACUAUACGUACGACUGUGGCAGUGGGCCGGCGUUGCUCGGAAGCGAAAAGAAGAUCAACGACCACCAGUGGCACACCGUGUAUUUCAAGAGGCUCGGCGUCGAGGGCGAGCUCGUCGUCGACGAUCAGCCGCCGAUCUACGGCAAGUCCGUGGGUACGACCGAAAGCAUCAGCGUCCAGCCGCCCUUCUUCGUCGGAGGUGUCGACCCCACCGUGUCCGGCAAUGUAUUAAAUACGAUAGGAAUAAACAAGACAUUUAGCGGAUGUAUUCGUAACUUCAUGUUAAAUGGACAACACGUGAAGGAGCCUAGUGUGCAGUAUGGUGUUAUUCCAUGCUCUAAGCGAGUCGAACCUGGAAUGUUCUUCUAUCCAGGCAGUGGCAGUAAUUGGUUCCGAGCUGAUGAUAAGUACACCGUUGGACGGCAAAUGGAUAUUCAAAUGGACAUUAAGCCAAGAUCGUCGUCGGGACUUUUACUUUCGAUUCACGGAAGGAACGACCACGUUGUGCUAGAAAUGGUCAAUGGUACGAUAAAGUUCUUGGUGAAGGCAGCGAAAGGACAAAUUGAGACUUCGUACGAUGCAGCUAGUCCAAACUCUCUUUGCGAUGGUAAUUGGCAUAAUAUUCGAGCUGUGAAGCAAAAGAAUGCGGUAAUUUUGUCGGUCGAUCAUAAAGCUGCUCCACCAGGAAUCGGUAACAAAAAUCUCGGUGGUGUUCUAUCAAAGCACUCGAUAUAUAUUGGCGGACAUCCUCACUUGGAGUCUGGCAAACCACUGAGAGGAAGUGCUUCGAGGGCACAAUACGUCGGCUGCAUCAAUAACAUUGUCAUUAAGGAGCGCGCCUAUCCAUUAGAUCCAUCACGCAUACAUGGAAGAGUGGUGGCGGAUGUAUGCCCAACAAUUUAAGCUUGUCUAAGAUUGUAAAUGAUUUAACAAUUGUCUUCUUACAAUUUUAAUUAUUUAAAAGUAAAUUUGUCCAAAGAGAUUUUUUUCAUAUAUUUUGAUGCAAUAAACAGUGAUGUAACACCAAAGUGGUAUAAAUAUAAAUAAAAUUUAUAAAUAAACUUAAAAUAAAAAUUAUUUUACAGAAUUAUA